AUGGGCGUACGACGAGAUUUGCUGGGCGGGACUAUGGGCGAGUGUCGAGAUUUGCUGGGCGGGACUAUGAGCGAGUGCCGAGAUUUGCUGGGCGGGACUAUGGGCGAGUGUCGAGAUUGGCUGGGCGGGACAAUGGGCGAGUGUCGAGAUUUGCUGGGCGGGACUUUGGGCGAGUGUCGAGAUUUGCUGGGCGGGACUAUGAGCGAGCGUCGAGAUUUGCUUGGCGGGACUAUGGGCGAGAGUCGAGAUUUGCUGGGCGGGACUAUGGGCGAGUGUCGAGAUUUGCUGGGCGGGACUAUGGGCGAGUGUCGAGAUUUGCUGGGCGGGACUAUGGGCGAGUGUCGAGAUUUGCUGGGCGGGACUAUGGGCGAGUGUCGAGAUUUGCUGGGCGGGACUAUGGGCGAGUGUCGAGAUUUGCUUGGCGGGACUAUGGGCGAGUGUCGAGAUUUGCUUGGCGGGACUAUGGGCGAGAGUCGAGAUUUGCUUGGCGGGACUAUGGGCGAGUGUCGAGAUUUGCUGGGCGGGACUAUGGUCGAGUGUCGAGAUUUGCUGGGCGGGACUAUGGGCGAGUGUCGAGAUUGGCUGGGCGGGGCUGAUGGGGAGACACAGUGA